AUCCCAGCAUGAUGAUACAUGAAGGGUUUUCUGUGGUUAUCUACUUCUGAUUCUUUUGAAAGCUUUAAAGACAUUGGGCAUGAAAGGUUCAGUGAGUUUCCAGGGACCCCUCGUUUGUGGCAGGGCCAGGAGGAAAACAGUUCCGUUCAUUCUUUCACAGCUGAGGCUUCACAGUUCUCUACACUCUCCCAAGAGCCACAGAAAAUGAACACAUUUCAGGCAUCAGUGUCAUUCAAGGACGUGACUGUGGAAUUUACCCAGGAGGAGUGGCAGCACAUGGGCCCUGUUGAGAGGACCCUGUACAGAGAUGUGAUGCUGGAGAACUACAGCCACCUCGUCUCAGUGGGGUACUGCUUUACAAAACCAGAACUGAUCUUCACAUUGGAACAAGGAGAAGAUCCAUGGUUAUUAGAGAAAGAGAAAGGAUUUCUAAGCAGGAACUCCCCAGAAGACUCCCAACCUGAUGAAAUCUCAGAGAAGAGCCCAGAAAAUCAAGGCAAACAUUUGUGGCAAGUUUUAUUCAGCAAUAAAUUAUUGACUACAGAGCAAGAAAUUUCAGGAAAACCACAUAAUCGGGACAUAAACAUUUUUCCUGCAAGAAUGAUGCCUUGUAAAUGUGACACUGUGGGGUCUGCUUACCUGGGUCUCAGCCCGACAGCCCCACACUGUCAGUAUUCAAAAGAAAAGGCUCAUGAGCAUAAUGUAUGUGACAAAUGGCUCAUCAGUAUUAAGGAUGGCAGAACUAACACUCAAGAGAAAUCUUUUGCUUAUAAUAAAAGUGUAAAAACCCUCAGUCAUAAGGAGGACGUUAUUCAGUAUCAGACAAUUCAGACUUCGGGGCAAGAUUUUGAAUAUAAUGAAAGUAGAAAAGCUUUUGUUGAAAAGGCUGCCCUUGUUACAUCUGACAGUACCUACCCAAAAGGAAAAUCUUACAAUUUCAAUAAAUUUGGGGAAAACAAAUAUGAUAAAUCAACCUUUAUUUUUCCUCAGAACAUUCAUACAGAGAAGAGUCACUAUGAGUUUAAUGAUACUGGAAAUUGUUUCUGUAGGAUCACUCACAAAACUCCAACAGGAGGGAAAUCUUUCAGCCAAAAGUCACACAUUAGAGAAUGUCGUAGAGUUCAUACAGGGAUGAAACCCUUUGAAUAUGGAAAAAGUUUCAACCAUAAUUCAACCCUCCCAGUGCAUCAGAGAACUCACGCAACAGAUAAAUACUCUGAUUAUAACCCAUGUACAGAGACGUUCAGCUACGAGUCAACUUUCAGUGUACAUCCGAAGGUUCACAUAAGGGAAAAACCCUGUGAGUAUAAUGAAUGUGGAAAAUCCUGCUCUGUUAAUUCACGCUUGAUUUGGCCUCAGAAAAGUCACGCAGGGGAGAAACCCUAUGAAUGUCGUGAAUGCGGGAAAGCCUUCAGUGAGAAGUCACGCCUAAGAAAACAUCAGAGAACUCACACAGGAGAGAAACCAUAUCAAUGUGAUGGAUGUGAGAAAGCUUUCAGUGCAAAGUCAGGCCUAAGAAUACACCAGAGAACCCACACAGGGGAGAAACCAUUCGAAUGUCAUGAAUGUGGGAAAUCUUUUAACUAUAAAUCAAUCCUCAUAGUGCAUCAGAGAACUCACACAGGGGAGAAACCUUUUGAAUGUAAUGAAUGUGGGAAAUCUUUCAGCCAUAUGUCAGGCCUAAGGAAUCAUCGAAGAACUCACACAGGGGAAAGACCAUACAAAUGUGAUGAAUGUGGGAAAGCUUUCAAACUGAAGUCAGGCCUGAGGAAACAUCAUAGAACACACACAGGGGAGAAGCCCUACAAAUGUAAUCAGUGUGGAAAAGCUUUCGGUCAGAAAUCACAACUCAGAGGACAUCAUAGAAUUCACACAGGGGAAAAACCCUAUACAUGUAAUCAUUGUGGGGAAGCUUUCAGUCAGAAAUCAAACCUCAGAGUACAUCACAGAACUCAUACUGGGGAGAAACCCUAUAAAUGUGAGGAGUGUGGAAAAACUUUCAGGCAGAAAUCAAAUCUCAGAGGGCAUCAGAGAACUCACACUGGGGAGAAGCCCUAUGAAUGUAAUGAAUGUGGAAAAGCUUUCAGUGAGAAGUCGGUCCUAAGAAAACAUCAGCGAACUCAUACUGGGGAGAAACCAUAUAAUUGUAAUCAGUGUGGGGAAGCUUUCAGUCAGAAAUCCAAUCUCAGAGUACAUCAGAGAACUCACACAGGGGAGAAACCCUAUAAAUGUGAUAAAUGUGGAAAAACUUUCAGUCAAAAAUCAAGCCUUAGAGAACAUCAGAAAUUUCACACUUUGGAGCAAGCUUUUGAAUGUAAUAAAAUUGGAAAAGCCUUUAAUGAUAAGACGUCGAUUAACAGAGUUCACCAGAGAAGUCACUCGAAGAUAAAACCCUAUAAAUGUAAUGAAUGUGGGAAAUCCUUCUGUCAGAAAGGACAUCUCAUUCAACAUCAGAGAACUCACACAGGAGAGAAACCAUUUGAAUGUAGUGAAUGUGGAAAAACUUUCUCCCAGAAGUCACACCUCAGUACUCAUCAGAGAAUUCACACAGCAGAAAAACCCUAUAAAUGUAAUGAAUGUGGAAAAACAUUUGUCCAGAAGUCAACCCUCAGGGGACAUCAAAGAAUUCACACAGGAGAAAAACCCUAUGAAUGUAGUGAAUGUGGGAAAACUUUUGUUCAGAAGUCCACCCUCAGAGAUCAUCACAGAAUCCACACAGGGGAGAAAUCCUUUCAAUGCAAUGAAUGUGGAAAAACAUUUGGCCAGAAGUCAAACCUCAGAAUACAUCAGAGAACUCACACUGGGGAGAAAACUUACCAGUGUAAUGAAUGUGAAAAAUCCUUCUGGCGAAAAGAUCAUCUCAUUCAACAUCAGAAAACUCACACGGGAGAGAAACCAUUCAAAUGUAAUGAAUGUGGGAAAACUUUUGCCCGGACAUCAACCCUCAGAGUGCAUCAAAGAAUUCACACUGGGGAGAAACCAUUUAAAUGUAAUGAAUGUGGGAAAAAAUUUGUCCGGAAAGCAAUCCUUAGUGAUCAUCAGAGAAUUCACACAGGGGAGAAACCCUUUCAGUGUAAUAAAUGUGGGAAAACUUUUGGCCAGAAAUCAAACCUCAGAAUACAUCAAAGGACUCACAGUGGGUAGAAAUCUUAUGAAUGCAAUGAAUGCAGGAAGAAUUGUGUCCAAAAGGCAACCUUCCGAGUAUAUCGAAGAAUUCACACAGGCUUCUCUUCUCUUUUCAGAGUACUAUGGAUAGGCCUGAAUGAAGUCAUACCCUAUUAGAUAGCUCCCACACAUCACACAGGCUGGUAAUCUCUUCACCAGUACCAGUUUCAUUUUAUUCCGGGCACACAGUCCACAUUUCCCAAUCUCCUUUUCAUCCAUGUCGGUCUUUGUGACUGGCUACUAAGAUGUGGAUGUCCAUCCCAGUCUGAAAAAUAAGAGACUCCCCUAACAAAUUACCAGGGCCCUGUCACAACAAAAUGGAUAUCAUUUCUAGGACAAACUUGGUGCCGUGCUUGAAUGCAGCAUAGUACAAGAUAAGUCAGCGUGCCUGAAUGAAUAUAUGCAGCAAAAUUCUCUUCUGCAUCUUUCCCAGUUGAACACGAUGUGAGCAAAAUUUUAGCUUAUACAGUAGUCCCCCCUUAUCUGCAUUUCCACUUUACACAAUUUCCAUUACCCAUGGUCAAGUGCACUUUAAAGUUAUUAAAUGGAUCCAGAAAUAAACAAUUCCUACAUUUUAAAUUGCACCCAAUUCUGAGCAGUGUCAUGAAGUCUCAUACCCUCCUGCUCUCUCUUCCAUGAGGAUUAUUGAAUCAUUCCUUAGUCUAGUGUACCCACACUCUCUGCCAGUUAGUCACUUACUUGGCAUUUUAGUUAUCACCUGUCAGGGUAUGGCAGUGCUUGUAUUCAAGUAACACUUAUUUUACUAAAUAGUGGCCUCAAAUUGCAAGAGCAGUUCUGGCAUGUUGUUAUAAUUAUUCCAUUUUAUUAUUAGUUGUUAAUCUCACGCUAUGCCUAAUUUACAAAUUUAACUAUCAUAGGCAUGUGUAUAUAUAGGAAAAAAAUAUAGUAUAUACAGGGUUCAGUAUACCCGUGGUUUCAGACAUCUACUUGGGAUUCUUGGAGAGCAUCCUUUGUGGAUAAGUGGGGACUACUGUAUUCUGUUGAGCGUUUACAUGUUUGAGUCUAUUUGUUUCUACACAUAAUUUAGUUAUGUUCUGCUAUGAAGGCAGAACGCUGCUGUGUAAGCCAAGCUUAAGUCAACCAGAGGGCACAAACCUUAUCAGGAGGUUAUAAAGUCAAGGAGAACCUCAAAUAUGAUCAGAGAAUUGUGGGAAAGACAUCCUUUCAAUGUAAUGAAAUUGAUAGUACCACCUGAUACAGGGCUUUGCAUGAACCUAAAAGUCCUUUUUGGCUGAAUGGUGAGCAGCCACUGUGCAGUUCAACGUAAUUGUGCCUUGCUUAAUUGCACAAAGGUACUUCCUCCACACCUCCUGACACCUCCAUAUACCCCAGCUACAUCUGCUUUGAGGAGGAGUUUUCCCUAGCUCCAAAGGCCAUUGGCACCCAACCAAGUAUUAUGGGAAACCUCCAAGGAGGGGAGGGUUCAAAUUUAUAUGGCUUUAUUGAAUCCAUGCCCAAGAGAACAUCUUACUAGUUCAUGUGGGGAUAAGGGACAUCUAGAUUUAGCUAAUGGGGUUUGGGUAGGGAAGGCAAACAAAUGUAAUAACCUUAUGGAUGAGGUACUUUGGGCAAGUGGAGUGUACUACAGUUAUGUUUACAUCUGAAAGUAUAGUAGGGAUUAAUUCCCAUCAGUUAUAGAGAGAAUUCAAAUUCCCUGUAAUUCGCAUGAGUCAUAGAAUUCUAAUCAGGAAGAAUUGUAUGUAAAGAUACGUCUGAGGUCCAACAGCUCUGAUCAUUUUGGGCUUCAGGUCUCUGUGACUGGUGAUUUCGUGGGUUGAAACUUCUGGCAAAAGGGAGCAGCCCUUGGGAGCUGGGGGAUGGGGUUGACUUCAUUCCCUGACAAGGCUUCCAGGUCCAUCCCUUCUGAAAAGCAUCUGUUAGUUUACUCUUGGGCUUUUACACAUUGGCUAUCUCUUCCCUGGGUAGAGGGCUCUGACCUAAAAUUCCAGUUUGGGAGUGUGUCGUCUUGGACUCAACAACUAACAAAAUGAAAAGGACCCAGCAAGCCUCACUUGUGGAGUGAAAAUGGAGCAUUCAGGAAGGCAGCUGUCCUGGCCCCACAGUAUGUCAGCUGUAUAUGCAAUAGUAGUAGCUGUCUCUGAAAAGGGAAAUAAUGUAUCCCUUCUUUCCUGAAGGAAGCAAAGUUGCUGGCUUAUAGAGUCCUCAAUUCAUAGAGGUUACUGUAAUUGGGCCUGGCUCACUGAUGGUUUCACUAACUGAAACUACUAGGAUCCUACUCAGUGCCGUUAAGAAACCCAGAGUGAAAUGGUCACUCCUCUCAGUGGAAAGAACACAGUGUUCUCAGCUCUGGCCAAUACUCCAUUUGAUGAACCUUGUUACAUUUUUGUUAAACCUUGGGCUCUGGAUGUGGCCUAGCUAUUUGAUAUUCUAGUUGGAAAUUAUAUAUUAAAAAGCACCCUUUCAUCCUUUGUACAUGGGGGUUAAAAGUCACAGCUGCUUAGUACAACCAUCUGGGUUGCUCAAGUAGAUGCCCAUAAUAAGAGACUAUUUUCUGAUAAGACUGACUGGAAUCAAGCUGCCGAUGGAGCUUUCUCCAUCCAGAUUCUGACCAUUGCUACUUGGAUCCAUCAUUUUACUGGUACGGCAAAAAGUCACCCAUUUCACACUGGGUACGAAGUAAAGGGCUUUUUAUCUGAUGCUUCCAUUGAUGUCAUUGGAUAUAAGAAUUUGCAAAAUUUUUUUCCUUCUGGAUAAAUAGCAAGUACUUCAUAUGCCAUUGAUUAAUUCAGCUUUUUCCCACUGAUUUUAAAUAUCUUUAUAUACUAAAUUGUCAUUUGUAAAUAGUGCAUAUGACUGAUUAAAUAACAUUCUGAUAUUUUAGUAACAUCCCUUUGUGAAUAGGACUGGCAUGUAUAAGAGCCAUAAUACCCAUCUUUCUGGCCUGCUAUUGAAUUUUUCACAGAAGGAUAAUUGAACCAAGUUUGGAAAAAGAAUACACCUUAGGACUUAAGAAAUAGAAUAUCAUAGGCCAGUUACAUUGUAACAGUAGAACUGCCAGCAGCCUUACCAAGAAAAUGCAUUGACAAUAGGAGAACAUAAGGUUACCCCUGGAGAGAAGCAGCUAUGACAGGAAGAUUAAUGGUACACAACCCAGUUAGUACCUGUUAGGACCAGUUAGUCCCUGACAAUCAAAACAUCACUGUUUACUCUGUUUUUGUAAUACUUCGUAAUAUAAAGCAAGUCUUUCUUUAAACUUUUUUUACUCAGACUCAGAAGGAAAAUAUUUAAAAUUAUCUCUCUCCCUACCCCUUUUAAAUAGGAUAUUUGAGGAUUAUGAUUGGGUUUGAUAUUAAGGAUCAGGAACCCUGUAGGGUUGAACUGAUUCACUCGGGCGGCCUGAGUCACUGGGAGGCCAGGUGACAAAGCCUUAUGACUGGGGACUCAUGUGUUACCUGCUGUCCCUUAGCAGAGGUAGGCCCACGGGAUACCUUCCCAUACAAUACAUCACCAAUUGGAGACCAUGGUCUGUGCUCUAGUCAUUUAUGCUCCCUCUCCCUGCCUGGUUGAUCUCCUUAGCAACUCACGGUCUUUUGCUCUGGCAGAUGGAUGCCUCAUCUAGAGACCCUGGAGGAGUUCAUUUUCUGUGUGCCCACCCAUUAAGGGCCUUCAAGCUAAUAAAGAUAGAAAACAAGGCAGGAAUUUUUGUCUGUUGUAUUCACAAUGUAUCUCAAACACAUGAAACAGUCCCUCUUCGUAUUAGGCACUAAGAAAUACUUGCUGAAGGUACAGUUAUCAAAGUGAAAUCUGAACAUUGUUCCUUUUGAUGUUCCAAGUUAUCUUUUGAGGUGAUUAAUUUAUUAUAAAUAGGUAAAAUAUUGCUAUAAGUUCUCCAUUUACGGGUAUUUUAUAAAUUUUUAAAACUUGUUCUUAAUCUUCAGAAGUGUACAGAACUGUUCUUCAGAUCUUUGUCAACCAAAACAGUAUUUUCAAUAAAUUGGGUUUCCCAGUUCAAA